CGUCAUCAUGCGGCGCCGCUUCAGCGCUGGGAUUCAAGUGGAGAAAGGAUAAAGUGUCCAAACGCAGAGAAAAACUCCUGCUGAAGCGACUAAUCUCCACACUGUUAUAGAGAUGGCGUUUAUUAAAGAGGAGAGUGAAAAUGUGAAGAUUGAAGAAACAUUCACAGUCAAACAGGAAGAUCUGCAAGAACAAACAGACCUGAUGGUGCUGAAAGAAGAGACUCACCAACGGAAUGAAAUGGAAGAGAAACACCAAGACAUAACGACUGAUGAAAAACCCACACUGACUAAAAAGACUUCAUCAACGGGAAGACCACGGAAAUCCAAAUCUAGGUGCAAUUUCACUUGUCAUCAAUGUGGAAACCGUUUCAGCCGAAAACAAAGCCUUCAAAUCCACAUGAUAACUCACACUGGAGAGAAGCCUUUCAGCUGUAAACAGUGUGGGAAGAGUUUCAGUCAAAAGCCAAACCUUUAUGUUCACAUGAGAAUUCACACAGGGGAGAAACCUUACACCUGUGAACAGUGUGGAAAGAGUUUUGCUAAAAUCUAUGACUUUAAAGUCCACAUGAGAAUUCACACUGGAGAUGGGUCAUAUACAUGCCAACAGUGUGGAAAAGGCUUCUAUAAUGCAGGAAACCUUGCAGUCCACAUGAGAAUUCACACUGGAGAGAGGCCGUACACAUGCCAACAGUGUGGGAAAAGAUUCUAUCAUGCAGGAAACUUGGCAGUGCACAUGAGAAUUCACACUGGGGAGAAGCCUUACUUUUGCCCUCAGUGUGGAAAGAGUUUUAAGUUAAAUGGCACCCUUGAAGUCCACAUGAGGAUUCACACUGGAGAGAAACCUUACACAUGCACAGAGUGUGGUAAAAGUUUCACAUAUAAAAACACACUCAAACACCACAUGAUAACUCACACCGGAGAGAAGCCGUUUGUAUGUUUUCAGUGUGGAAAGAGCUUCACAACCAAAGCUAGCCUCAUGAACCACAUGAAUAAUCACACUGGAACCAUAGUGUUUACAUGUGAUCAGUGUGGAAUAGGACUCACACGCAAAGACUCCAUUAAGCAACACAUGAAGAUUCACUCAGGAGAGGAUCGUUUUAGAUGCAGUGAGUGUGGAAAGGACUUUAAACAUAAAAGAAGCCUCAGCACUCACAUGAAGCUUCACAACUGAGAGCAGAGUCCUCAAAAUUGAGUCCUUGUCCACACAUAAUCACGGGUAUAUUCAAAACAGCAGCUUUUUCAUGUAGUUUAGCUGUUUAUUGACGUGAGGUAUAUUUAUAAACUACUUUUGAGAGGAUCACAUGCUUAUGAUUGUCCACGGCUGGUCCCGCAUUAGCUAACACAUGAUUCACCAAUCAGGCGAUUCGUGACUCACUAUGAAUAAUCAGAGUUUCUUAUCCAAGUUGUCUUGACCUUGAGGAAUCCCCCCCCCCCCCCCUACUUUCUAGAUUGGGCGAAACGGUGGCCCAGUCGUUAGCACUGAAGCUGCGAACGUGCACUGAUUAGAUAACAAUAGAUCAUGUCUUUCACCAGUUAGAAAACUCUAUGGAGACACAAACUUUAUCAAGCGUAGUUGUUGACAGUCCAGCGGGUGUCACUGUUCAAAAAUGAACAAAUGUGUGUAGUCUUCUAUAGCCACUUGUGGGUUUGAUCCGACAUUAAAGGUACUGCACUAUAUCUACAGUUUGGGUUCACUUUCGUUUUCCUUCAGUGCAUACAGUCAAGGACAACACGCACACGGUUCUUUCGGUGGGUGAUUAAAACAUGGAAACCUUGGAAAAUAAGUCCGUAAGUCCACAAUUUUAAUUUGAACAACAAUUGUAUGUUUAAAGGUUGUAUGUUAAAGAGUCAUUAUUGGGUUAUUAGAUUUAUUAUUCCUGUAUUUGUUGUCCAAACACGUGUUCAUAAUUACUGAGACGUGUUCAUAUUGCUGAGUGGCGUGACACAUAUGUUAAUUUGCUGACAUUUGAUACAAAAUGGGCUUGAUUUAAUAGAUUUUCUUUAUGUGUGUAUAAGAUUUGUGUAAAAAGGAACUAUGUACAUUAGUAGUAGGAUAAUGUUGAGCUGAUUGAACUGAACAUGUUGGAAAUAUCAUUGUCAUGUGAAUAAGAUUGAAUCCUUAUUUUUCCCUUUCCCUUUGUUGUAGUUUUACAAACAGAAUAGAAGAUAUUAUGAGGAAAAAUACCCAGUAAAGUCACUCAAGUUAUCAAACUGCUUUCUGGUCUUCUUUUUCUGGAGUACGCUAUCUGUUAAACCCUUUGCUCAGGAAAACACCAUUGGUUGGGACAGAAUCAAAUGUGUGAAUAUAAAUCAAACUUCACCUCAGUAAAGCUGGUUA